AUGGAUUACCGCUACAAUCAUGGUCAGAACUAUACACACGAAAAUAGUAGUGAAAACUCGUUAAUGGAUCCCAGAGCUGAUGGCCAAGAAGAAAGGCCUGACGAAAGGUACAGAAAUAAUAACCAGUAUAACGACUUUGUACAUCAGUAUCCUCAAAAUCAUGAGCAGGAUUUAAGACAUACCUAUGGGAACGAAUCUGAGGCGGCUGCUGUUGGAUCCAGUGAGCAGCUUGGAUCUUACGCGUAUCAGACACAGAAUCACAUGGAGCGAUUCAACGUCCCGAGUAUCAACGUUUACCAAGCUCCACAGCCGAUUCCUAUGGCCGAAGACACCGUGGUGCCCAUGCCGGCAUCGAACCUGACAGUCAGCAAUGACCAGCUCUAUAACAUGGGUUACGAACCCCGGAGCUCCAGCGCCCAAUCUAGCGUUGGCGAAGACUUUCCACAGGAUACGCAACCUAUAUUAAACCACCAUCGUAGGCCGCCUCCCACUUCAGGUCCGACCGCGGUAGCACCAGAUUUCCACCGCCCUACAGACUUUUUCAGUUACGACCACGAAAACUCCAUCGAUUAUAUCGACCAAAAUGGAGACGACUACCAGAUCAAUACAUUUUAUGAUAAUAACAACCAAAUGGCCAAUCCUUACUCGAGCGCGUUUGAUUUGAAUGAAUAUGCAGACAACGGUGUGUAUUCUGACGAAUACAGUUCAAUGGACUAUGAUGACCAGCAGAGCAGAGAUCUUGGUGACUACGCUUACAAUUCCAACGAAGACGCUAACACCCUAGCGAGGGUUCAGUCUUCAACUAACUUGCUGCAUGAAGGUGAUGGCGAAGACGUCGUUAUCGACAAUGGUAGGGAGAAAUUCGAAAGUAACUUCGGCGCCAGUGAAGGCCAAGGCCACAACCCAAUGAGGAAACCAACAACGGUCCGGAAGUUCAAAUUGAGUAUGGGUAACUUCGUUUUUGAUUGUCCCAUUAGUGAAAAUCUUAUAACACAAUACGUGAAGGCGGUGGAUGAUCAAAAUAAGCUUUCGAACGAAUUUAAGUUCAUGAGAUAUCAGGCAGUAACAUGCGAACCUCUAAUGUUUCAGUCUAACAAUUUCACGCUACGUCAACUCAAAUAUGGAUUGCCACGUCAGACAGAGUUGAUGAUUGUCAUUACCAUGUAUAACGAGGAUGAUGUUUUGCUCGGAAGAACUCUCAAAGGUGUUAUGGACAACAUUCGGCAUUUCACGAAGAAAAAGCACUCUUCGACUUGGGGACCCGACGCUUGGAAAAAAAUUGUUGUUUGCGUAGUAUCUGAUGGUAGAUCCAAAAUCAACGAACGUUCUCUUGCCCUGAUGAGUGCGCUUGGAUGUUAUCAGGACGGAUUCGCCAAAGGUGAGAUUAAUGACAAAAAGGUAAUCGCUCAUGUCUACGAGCAUACUUCCAAAGUUAAUAUCAGGAGCAUAAAAGACGGUAUAGUGGAGUUGGAGUGUGGAGAGAAUACGGUUCCUAUCCAGCUAUUGUUUUGCCUCAAGGAAAACAAUCAGAAAAAAAUUAACUCUCACCGCUGGGCGUUAGAGGCGUUUGGCGAAGUUUUGCAGCCCACUGUUGUCAAUCUUCUUGAUGCUGGUACUAUGCCUGGUAAGGAUUCAAUCUACGAGCUAUGGCGAGAGUUCAAGAAUCCACAAGUCGGUGGUGCAUGCGGUGAGAUUAAGACCGAUCUGGGGAGAGGUUUCAAAAAUCUUUUCAAUCCACUAGUUGCUUCUCAGAAUUUCGAAUACAAACUGUCCAACAUUUUAGAUAAGACAACAGAAUCAAACUUUGGAUUUAUUACCGUUUUGCCGGGCGCCUUUUCGGCAUACAGGUUUGAGGCAAUCAGAGGAGAACCUCUACGGAAGUAUUUUUUGGGUGACGAUCUAAAUGCGAGGGUGUUUAUUUCUAACAUGUACCUGGCAGAGGAUCGUAUUUUGUGUUUUGAAAUCGUUACGAAGAAAGAUAGCAAUUGGAUUUUAAGGUACUCCAAGAGCUCUUACGGAUCCACAGAUGUCCCGGAGAAAAUACCUGAGUUUAUUUUGCAGAGAAGAAGAUGGAUGAAUGGUGCGUUCUUCGCGGCAUUAUACUCGUUUCUCCACUUUUACAAAAUUUGGAGCAGCGGGCAUUCAUUCAUAAGAAAGUUGAUGCUAAACUUGCAAUUUAUCUACCUUUUUUUGACAAGUUUAAUAUCCUGGUUCUCCCUCAGUUCAUUCUUUCUGGUUUUUAGAAUUCUGACCAUAUCUGUCGCGGUCUCUUACAAUGAUCAACAGGUGUUCCGGGUUCUAUCUGUGGUAUUCCUGUGGCUUUAUGGUGUAUCCAUUUUGAUAACAUUCAUUCUUUCGCUAGGUAACAAGCCCAAAGGAACUUCUAAAUUUUACUUGUCGACGUUUAUCUUUUUCGCAAUACUCAUGGUCUACAUGAUAUUCUGCUCCAUCUUUAUGAGUGUACAUUCCAUUCAGAAUAUUAUCGAGGCUGGUGAUAUCACGUUCAAGAGUUUGAUAUUGCAGGAGACGUUCCGCGAUUUAAUCGUUUCUAUGGGCUCAACGUACUGUCUGUACGUGUUGAGCUCUGUCAUCUACUUACAGCCCAUGCAUAUGCUUACGAGUUUUGUCCAAUACCUGUUGCUGAGUCCAUCAUAUAUUAAUGUGCUAAACAUCUACGCCUUUUGCAAUGUGCAUGACAUCUCUUGGGGUACCAAGGGCUUUGCUGUGAAGCCCUUGGGUAAAAUUCACUCGAAAGAGGACGGUACGGUAAAGCUGGAGAUUCCUGUCUCUGCUAAAGAAAUCGAUGAAAAUUAUCAAAAGCACUGGGCUUUGUUAAAGUCAACCCCUUCUGAAGAACAAGAAGAAGAAGUGUCCUUCGAAGAGAAGAAAACCAACUAUUAUGCAAUGGUACGGUCUUUGGUGAUCAUCUUGUGGGUCAUUUCGAACUUCGUUAUCGUCGCUGUAGUGCUGGAGACCGGAGGUAUCAGUCAGUACGAGUCUUUGAACAAGAACAGUGGCUCAUCCACGUCUGUCACUACAACUGUUUCUAUUUUGCCCCAAAGGUCUACGAUUUACUUCUCCGUAAUUCUAUGGCUCGUGGCAUUCAUGGCAGCAUUUCGAUUUUUGGGCUGCUGUGUAUACCUAACGCAGAGAUUUUUCCAGAGGUUCAAGUUCCGUUCCUAA